AUGUCGGUUUCUCAAACUCAAUCUUCAACGAUUGCUACACCAAAUCCUAAUCCAUUUCAGAAUGUUAUGAAUCUAAUGCCAAUUAAGCUUGAUGAAACAAAUUACCUGAACUGGAAGCAUCAAACAACACUGAUUUUGAAGAUGUUAGGGCUUCUUCAACAUCUUAACAUCAAUUGUAAUCCAUCAGAAUCUGAGGAAGCUAGAACUGCUUGGGACAAAUCAAAUGCAUAUGUAUCAGCUUUUAUCUCUGCAAAUUUGUCUUCAUCGCUGGUUCAUUUGGCUCGAGAUACUUCCAGAUCUGCAGAGUUAUGGCAGAAGCUUGAAGAACUGUUUACACAACAGGUAUUUGCUAAUCAGAAUUACAUUCGAACACAAUUUCACUGUUUAAAACAAGAAGAUAAGUCAGUAAUUCGGUUCUGUGAUGAAGCAAAGAAUUUGUUUGAUCAAUUGAUUGCCCUAGGGGAUCCUAUUACAUAG